AUGGCUCGAUAUCCAUCCUACAUUACAGUUAAGCUCCACUGGAGAAACGAAACACGUGACCAGCGCAACCGUAAACCGUCCAAUCGAUACGAAUCACCAGACCCACUAGAUCAGAUUGUGUUCAACACCAAUGCUUCUCUGCCGUACAACGAUGAUUUAAUUGAAAGCCUUAUUGUGAAGGAAAGAAUAAAGAUGGACGGGAAGUGA